AUGGCCUCCUCUAUUCCCGAAUCUCCCACAGAACAAGAUCAACAUGAAAAGCACAUAAUACAUCCCCGACCCUCUUCAGAUGAGGAGUCGAACAUCGAGCCCAACCUCUCUCAGGUACCGACCAACGCCAGUGCCCUCACUCGCACGCUGUCAGUAGUUCGCACCCGAGAGUCAGGCAAAUCCAUUGGCCCGCCACCAGACGGUGGGAUCCAAGCCUGGUCCCAAGUGGCGCUGGCGCACUUUGUGAUCUUCAACACCUGGGGCUACAUCAAUAGCUUCGGAGUCUUCCAGACCUACUACACCCAGACGCUAGGCCAUCCACCCUCCGAUAUCUCCUGGGUGGGAAGUAUUCAAAUCUUCUUGCUCUUCUUCAUCGGCACGUUCUCCGGCAGAGCUACCGAUGCAGGCUAUUUCAAGAUCACGCUGGCCUGCGGCGCCUUGCUGCUAUGCUUCAGUAUCUUCAUGACCUCGCUGUGUACAAAAUACUGGCAGCUGUUUCUGGCGCAGGGGUUGGGUCAGGGGAUUGGCUGUGGCAUGAUGUUCUGCCCGACCUUGGCGUUGAUCUCGACGUAUUUCGCCAAGAAUCGCGGGAUUGCAAUUGGCAUGGUGGCGUCUGGAUCUGCUACGGGCGGUCUUGUCUUUCCCGCGGUGGUCAUGAAAAUGCUCCCAACCGCCGGGUAUGGCUGGACGAUGCGCACGUUGGGCUUCAUCUCCUUGGCAACAUUGACCCCCUGCGUGUUAUUUCUCAAGCAGCGUCUGCCGCCGCGUCAGAGUGGCCCAUUGGUAGAAUGGGCUGCGUUCCGUGAGAUGCCCUAUCUGCUCUUUGCGGUAGGGAUGUUCUUGAAUUUCUGGGGACUGUAUGUUGGAUUCUUUUACAUUGGCAGCUUCAGCCGGAAUAUCAUUGGUGUCUCGACAGACCGAUCCAUUGAUCUGUUACUGGUGAUGAAUGGCGUGGGACUGGUUGGAAGACUCGUUCCCAAUCUGCUUGCGGAUCAAUUUACCGGUCCGCUGAACCUGUUGAUCCCCUUUAGCUUUGCCACGGCGAUUGUGGCGUACUGCUGGGCUGCGGUCAAGGAUACAUCGGGACUGUGGGCCUUUGCGGUCUUCUAUGGCCUCUUCGCUGCAGGCAUUCAAUCGCUCUUCCCUGCGACCCUCAGCACCCUCACCACGGAUCUGAAGAAGAUCGGAGUGCGCAUGGGUAUGGUGCUCAGUGUGGUGGGAGUUGCAGCUCUCAUUGGGUCCCCGAUUGCGGGUGCGCUGGUGGUCUAUGACGAUGGGAAUUACCUUUAUGCCCAGAUGUUCAUGGGCAGCGCGAUUGUGGCUGGAAGUCUCACUCUGGUUGGAGCCCGAUUGAGCAAGGUUGGCACUGGCUUAGCACGAGUAUGA